UCGAACGGGAACGGGUCGGUCGAACGAUCGAAAGGCCCUGCUCCUCGGCUCAGUUGUAGCGCCGACUCCCCGGCAUACACGAGGUCGCGUCGUAGUUUUAAAGGCACACUCUUGUACAAACGUAGACACGCACGCUCUUUCUUCCGUACCUCCGCCUCGCCUACGCCUUCGCCUUCGCCUCGCCUCGCCUUCGCCUACGCCUACGCCUUCGCAUCCGCCUUCGCCUCCGCCUCGCUACGUAGUGAGCAACAGAUAUUAAACGUGCACGUUGUCAUAGAAGCGAGUCCGACCUCGUAGAAAGCGAAAUGCAGCGUCCGGCCGCCGGUCACUGGAGAAAAAUCCUACUACUCGUAUAUAGUUUGCAAUUAUUUUCAUACGCGACAUUGGCGGAGCACAUGAAGGUGCAAUUGAUAGCGCCGCAGUAUGUAACGCAGGGCAGCACGGCCAUCCUGUUCUGCAACCACACUGUCACGGACAAUUUGCUGCACAAAAUAGAAUUUAUGAAGGGCGAGAGGAGGAUAUUUCAGUAUAUUAAGGAAAGAAUUCCGCCGUAUAUCCCCACGCCGUACGUCGAUGGCUCCAGAUUAGAGUAUUCGCCAAAUGGCACGACAAUCAAAUUGCACGAUGUGCGUUUCGAAACUUCCGGUACUUAUACCUGUGAAGUCACUAUGACAACGCCCAUUUAUACUGCUGGCGCUGAUCCCGUAGAGAUGAAAGUGAUACAUCCACAGAAUGGAAUUCCUAAAAUUUCGUUCAAGAAAAGCGUAUACGUGAUCGGCGAGAGCCUGGAGGCGAAUUGUACAUCCUCGCCUGCACGUCCAGUACCUUAUAUAACUUGGUUUAUAAACGACAAAGAGGUGGAUAUUGCUUUAGUGACUCACUAUCCGCAUACAUAUCACAAGAACCAUCUGAUGUCCGCCACCGCCAGGCUGAAGGUGGAAGUUUCUGCGUUGCACGCUGGCCAGAAUGGACAUCUGGAGAUCAGUUGUCGGGCAACGAUACCAGAUUUUGCCAUGCACCACGAGCAAUUUGCCGAUAUUAGGAAAAAGACGGUGUCGGUGGAAAUCAUACCAGCACCGGAUGUGACGUCUUCCGCGGCGAUUCUCAUACGAGAACUAACGCUACUUAUGAUAUUGUGCAUACUGAGCGCGAUGCACGAGUUUAUUCCUUAAUAAAAGUCAAUUGCUCUAGGAUAAUUCGGCUGUAACAUACGUAAUCGUAAGGAUACUAAGGCGAUGAACGUAAGAUCGAACAAUCACAAUGUCUUCCUUCGAUAGGUCGAAAUACACGGGGGCAGUGGUUUUAUUGUCUUUGCAGAAGUUUUGUAAACUCAUAGACGCGGCUUCUUCGUGCGCAAACUAUUUUCGAUUAUUGCUUAUAACGAGCGUCGUCUAUCUCGCGAAACAUAUCAAUCCCAUUAACAAGAGAAACAAUAUCCGAUUACUCGGCAAGGUGUGUCGGAAAGCUAUGUCUCUUCCUUCGAUUCCAUUUGAAUCUAUUUAUUAUGUAGAACAUAUCGAAUUCUAUAAAUUAUUGUCUGAAAAUGAAAGCAA